AAAAGUCUUACCAAAAAUUUAUUAUCAUUAGAUUAGUUGAAGUAUAAUCAAAUAGCAUUAAAAAAUAGAGCAUUCUUUUCUCUAUUAGACCAUAUAGAAAGAAAGGUUUUCAAAGCUUCUUAUAAGAAACUAAAGUACCAUUCUCAUUACUUGUUGACUGCCCUGUGUAUAUUCUUGAAUAUAUUUUGAAAUCAAUGAAUUGGAUGAUCAAAUCUUUAUUGUAAUUAUGAGUAAACAUUUCUAGAAGUAUUAGAGAAAAAUAUGAUUCUCAUUAGUAUUUGGCUUUACAUAUAUAUUUCAGUCAAAGAUUAUGGGUUACACAUAGCGAUAAGCUAUUUGUUUUUGUGUACCACUUGAGAACUAGAGACCUGUAGGACAGUCUUCUAUUCUGAAUAACCCCAUUUGUGAAUUUUGAAGAGCAUCAGAGUGAAACAAAUGGGAUUCCGGUAACGUAAAUCUUUGUCCUGCAGAUCUCUACUUAGAUUAUUUAUUUUGAUUUGACAAACUAAGUCUAAUAGGUUAUUAUGAUUUACUUACUUGUUUGUCGUUUUCUAUUUAGGCAUCUAAUGAAUUAAGAAUAAAUGCAUUGAGUACUGUACGAUAUGCUGAAUUUUGUCUUCCGAGUUGUCAUAAUGGUUAUGAAACAAUUCAUAUUGGCAAACGUCUUGUACCUUUUAUUAGUACAUAUAUGCCUCAUUUACAAACAUUACGUCUUUGGCGACCAGAUGAUUUUCCUUGGACAACUGUUCGACCAGAUUAUAAAAGACACUACGAUGAUGUUUUACGUCGACGAUGGCUAAAAUCUUUAGAAAAACCUGAAUCGAUUGCUCAACAUGUGGUCGUCUUUGAAGAAGAUCUUUGUCAAUUGAUCGACAAAUCAAAAGAUUUUACUUUUCUUGAUAUUUAUGGUGAAAUUCAUUACAAAAAAGUAGAACCUUAUCGUUUAAUGGUUCAAGCUCGUUUUCCACAUAGUCGAGUAGAUGUCGAAAUAUCAAGAUUUCGUCUAUGGCUUUAA